CCUGUGCAUUGCAGGGGAGUUGGAUCAGAUGAUCUUAAAGGGUCCACCCCAACUCAAAUGAUUCUCUGGUUAGGUUGGUAAUAACUACCUGCAGCCUUUUGUGAUUGCAGUGAGUUCAGUCCAGUCCAAUGGCGUGCCUGUGCUUCACAAUAAGCAGUGACGUGACUUGAUCCUCACAGCUGGACGAGCAAAUCAGUAUUAGCUGUUGCACUGCCAAAUUACACCAAGGUUACAAGGUAAAGAUAUUGUGCUAUAGCAGGGAGUGUGCUCAAAGCAUGAAGGCCUGUGAAAAGUUUGCUGAUGUAUCACUGAAAGUGUGUGAACAGAGGAGAACGAGGAGCAAGGGACUAGGAGGUGGAAGGAAUGAAGGAGGGUCGGAUCCUUUAGCUACCAAGUGGGUCUGCUAACCCGGAGCAGCUGCCCCAUGCACUUGUGCUGCUGCUUCAGAGGUCGGUGAAGGAGCGGCUGGCUGGGAUUCCAGACGUGUUUGUGUCUCCUGCCAAGCAGAAGCCAGGUGCUCCAGGGGAGAGGAGUCAGCGCACUCCUGUUGUAAAUAGAAAGGGAGAUUCCAAAAUAACAGUUCUGGUCCCCAAGGGCACCUUGUCAGGACUUGGAAGCCAGGCAGCAAUCCUCAGAGUUCUCAGCUCUGUGUGAAUCCCAGCACUUAAAUGUAUUUUGAGAAUCUGGACAAGGGUUUCUAGACUCACUGCCCUUCAAUUCUUUGGUAUCCUUGCAUGAGAAACAUUCCUUUUAAAAAUCAAUUUAAAAAUAGGAUUACGUUUGACAUUUCAGAGGAUUUACCUGUUUCUUUUCUAUAGGUCACUCAAAUAACACAUCACCUAUUUUACAAUCUCAGACAUUUCAUUUUGGCUUUGUCCUUGCUGGACUUGGAGCAGUGAUGUAGUGGUUUGCAAGGGUCUGGAUUAACUAUUUAGAAGCACUUCAGCCAAAGCUUCUCCAUGGGUUGCCAUGUCCAGCAUCAUCAAUAGGAGCAACAGCCACCACUGCUCCCAUCCCUGCUGCAAUCUUUGCUUCUGCAGCUGUAAGGUGGGUGUAAUUGGGAUUGACCUCUUUGUGUCAGACCCUCUGAGAUUUACCGAUAAGUAAACUGGACAACAAUUGGGUGUGGGUUUUGUGAGGGAAGGGUUUAAUGAAGUGAUAAUAUUGCAAAAUAGGUGUUGAAUUCUCACCUGAGAAGCCAGAUCAUUGAUCACAAUGGGCAGCUGACCAAACGGUCUCUAAAAGCAAGGUCUGUUCCUCCUGCGAUGCUUAUCGCCCUGCCUUUGCUCCUGUCUGAUUCUUUGCACAAGAGCUGAAAACAGAAAUACUCUUUGACAGCUUAAAUAACCAAAUUCAGAGCGUGGCUUCCUGUUCUGACUGGUUCUUCAGGAUUAGAGCGGAGUUUUGCAUGCUUUCCCUCAUCUUGCCUCCCCACUCCUUUUUCUUUUUUUUUUUUAACCAGAUACAGCCUCUUUUCUAAUUGCUUUGUUAGAUUUCCUUGCUGUGUGUAACAGAGCUGCCGUGUGCUUGGUGGGUGGCGUGCCUCUCACCACAGGGAAAGCUUUCUUUCUUCCCCAGUAUCUCGUUCUGCCCUGCGUGCAUCAGCUUGUUUAUGACCACUGCUACUGCAAUGGCUUCAUGUUUUCCUGAUAAAUGAGACCAGAUAACACAGCUGUCUCUCGUGCUGAAAGCAUCCAGCACCCUUCUCACUGCUCCUCUCCCCGAAGUGGGUCUGCAGCAGGAGCCUCGUGCAGGAGCUGCUGCUCAAGGGAUGGGUCUCCUACCCAUAGAUUUGCUGCAGUGAUUUAUGGCUAAGUCAUCAUGGUACCAUCCUUGGACACGAAGGCACACUGCUGGCUCACGGCUAACCUGCUCGCCACCAGGACACCCAGGUCCUUCCCUACAGAGCUCCUUUUCCAGUAGCUCAGUUCCCAGCUGUACUGAUGGGUGCAGUUAUUCCUCCCCAGGUGUAGGAUUCUCCACUCGCAUUUGUUGAACCUCAUGAGGUUCCUCUGUGCCCAGCUCUCAGCCUGCACAGGUCCUGCUGAAUGGCAGCACAGGAGGGGCAUUAUAUCCUCUGGCCCUCAAACAGCUGGAAUCUGGCACCAUGUUCCUACAAUACACUUCUUAAGACCUUCUUUCCCCAUUGGCCCUGAUGCCAAGCCAGCUCAUUUCCCAGUGGAGAGAGGAUGUGGUGAGGGAGGUUUUCUAAUGCAGCUGCCUAGGAGCUUUCUUCCUAAUCUGAAAGUGGAGACAGGUUCUGCUUUUCCUUAUCUCUUCCACUGGUGCUGAUAGAUCUAGGCCAAAAUUCCUACAUCUGAUAACAUCCCACUGUUCUCUUUACCCUGAACGCAACCAGUCAUAGAAUCAUAGAAUGGUUUGGAUUAGAAAGGACCUCAAAGCUCAUCCACUUCCAACCCCCACUGUGGGCAAGGCUGACAACCACUAAAUCAGGUACCAUAUCAGGUUAUGGUUAUAUGUUAUGGUUAUAUAACAUUAUGGUUAUAGCACCUUCCUUUGGUUCUUCCUCCUGUGUUGGAGGAAAAGAACAUCCAUUGCUUUGGUAGAGUGCUUGCAUUCAUUUCAAGCAAACUUAAAGUAAUACCAGGCCCUGCUUACCCACUGAAAUACAUUUCCAGAAACGUGAUGGUAAUAGAUGAUGUUCAGUGGGGCUCUUCAGAGGGAGAUUGGUGCUUAGGGGAGCACUCCCCUGCCCCCACAACAAAACACACUUCAUACAGCAGCCUGGGAAGCACUCUGACCCCAGACAGACGUAUUUACAUCCUGUCAGGUGGUGAUGAAUGGCUGUGCUGGUGCCCUAUUGCAGCACGCAGUGAUUUAGGCUGUUACCUGUCAUCGCUGCAAUUUGUGUGCUUUGAGCUCCGUCUGUGUUUGUCCCAGCACGGUGCACCUGCUUGCAGCGAGGAGCAGCUGUCCUGUGCCCUGUGUCCUGCCUCAGCUCCAUCACAUCCCCACAGCCCAACCCUGCAGUGUGGGAUGCAGCACCCAAACAAACUGGGGCUGUGCCUGAGCUGUGACAUUUGCAGAGUGUGCAAAUGGUGCUUAAAUGGGGGCUGGUAAUCAAAGUGUUAACUUUGAUUAACACUGACCUGAGGGCAGUGUCAGCCUCAGCAUUCCCACCUUUAUGGCAACAAACUCCAGUCAAACACCUUUUAUGAGUACAGAUUUCAGUGCCUGCACUUCCUUGAGCAUUUUCCACUUCUGUUGUCUGGGGUUUCAAAAAGAAAAACCCGGGGUGUUUCUGCCAUCCCCCAUGUAUGGAGACACGGUGCUUGGUGGUAUGAAAGCAGGAUUACUUCAUUUACAGAUCUGUUAUCUGUGUGUUACGAGUAGCUGCUCGCAGUCCUCACCACUUCUGAGGGCUUGCCUUUCUAAUGGUGGUUGCUAGUAACAAACCUGACCUUUGUCUGGACUAUAUCUGAAUUCAUUGGGUCUUACACAACUUGUGCAUAAAGCCCUUAAGUUUCUCAUUAGAGUAGGGCAGAAGUUUGGGGUUGUUUUUCAGUCUGUGAACGUGUGGUAUGUGUCAGUUCUGCGUGUGAGGUUCUCGCCAGCCUCCUGACCCCGCUGAGGGUUGAGUUACCUCCAUUUCUCUCAUGCUCUGAUUUUUCCAUUGCUUUUUGCAACUGACUUCGUUUCUGUCCAACAAAAUGACUUUUUUUUUUGGCACAGCAGUGAGCUGGCACUGCAUUUUUUUUUAAACAGCUGUGAGGAAGCAUUACCAGAGAUGUGCUCUCGGCUGUAUGAGACAGCCUACAUUAAUACAGCUAAACCUUCCUUGAGGGAACUUGCAGCAUCACGCAUUGUGCUGCUUCGUCUGUCCCCCAUGAAGCCAUAAGGUGUGUUUGGGUGGGAGCUUCCCCAUCAGCAUCGGACCUGAAGCAGGCACCAGGAUUGGGUUCUGUGUGCAUCCCCUCUGUGCUGGGCUGAUGUUUCUAUGGGGAAUGGAGCAUGAGCUGACUUCAGGCUUUCUUUUCCCUCCCCCUCCCUGGGCUGGAACGGGGGAGUACUGCAGGAGGGUUCCCUUGGUGCUCCGCAUUCCCUGCAGCCCUGGGCCGGGUUCCUGCCCCGAGGCUUUUCCCUUCUUCCCACUCUCUCAGGAGCGAUGGAGCUGAGGAUGGAAUAGCGCCCAAAGGCAGCUGCUUCUCUUCUCAUUUGACGUAUUCAAGUUUCUAAAUAUGAAAGUUAUUGCCAAGAACGCUUUCCCCUCUCUCUUGCAGGAGAGAAAUUAAGGUCAUUUCCUACGCACUGCGUGCCUUUCCCAAAACCACUCCCUGCGUUGCUUCCCCCAAGCCUCGAGUUUUUUAGCCCUCCUCUGCUCCCUUACCUGGAGCUAGGGGUAGGAAAACAAAGAACCAACCACCAACGGGCAGCCUCCCCCCCCCCCUCACUGCUGCUGCUCGCUCCCUCCCGCACCGAAUCGCCACGUGCGCGCCGGUGGGCGUGGCCAAGCACAAAGGGGCGUGGUUGUAUCCAAAAAGGAGGCGUGGUCGUGCCCAGAAUGGGCGUGGUCUGCUGUGAAGGGGGCGUGGCUAUGCCCAUAAGGGGCGUGGCCGGGGCAUUGCCGGGCCGCUCCUGCGCAGUGCGGCGGGUGGCGGAACGGAGCGGGGCAGAGCGGAGCAGAGCAGCGGGGCGGCCGGAGCUCCCCAUGCCGCGGGGCCGGGCGGCCGCCUACCUGCUGCCUGCGGGGCUGGGGCUUCGCCAUGAUCCCCUACUUUUCCGACAACGCCGUCAUCUCGCAGGGAACCAUCGCUCAGCUCAUCAGCGAGAGCUUCCUCACUGUGAAAGGAGCAGCACUCUUCCUGCCACGAGGGAAUGGCUCAUCCACCCCCAGGGUCAGCCACCGGCGCAACAAGCACGCAGGGGAUCUCCAGCAACACCUGCAGGCCAUGUUCAUACUGCUCCGCCCAGAAGACAACAUCAGACUGGCUGUAAGACUGGAAAGCACAUACCAGAACCGCACGAGAUACAUGGUGGUCGUAUCCACCAAUGGCAGACAGGACACGGAGGAGAGCAUCGUCCUGGGAAUGGAUUUCUCUUCCAAUGACAGUAGCACUUGUACAAUGGGCUUGGUGCUGCCACUGUGGAGUGACACCUUGAUCCACCUGGAUGGGGACGGCGGGUUCAGUGUAUCCACGGAUAACAGGGUGCACAUAUUCAAGCCGGUGUCUGUGCAGGCAAUGUGGUCUGCUCUGCAGAGUUUACAUAAGGCGUGUGAGGUGGCACGAAGCAACAAUUACUACCCAGGGAGCCUCUUCCUCACGUGGGUCAGUUACUAUGAGAGCCACAUCAACUCCGACCAGUCCUCGGUCAAUGAGUGGAAUGCUAUGCAAGAUGUGCAGUCCCACCGGCCCGACUCACCCGCCCUCUUCACAGACGUCCCAACUGAGCGGGAGCGCACAGAGCGACUCAUUAAGACCAAGUUAAGGGAGAUCAUGAUGCAGAAAGAUCUGGAGAACAUCACAUCCAAAGAGAUACGCACGGAGCUGGAGAUGCAGAUGGUGUGCAACCUGCGGGAGUUCAAAGAGUUCAUUGACAAUGAAAUGAUAGUGAUCCUGGGGCAGAUGGACAGCCCCACUCAGAUAUUUGAUCAUGUCUUUUUGGGCUCUGAAUGGAAUGCCUCCAAUCUGGAAGACUUGCAGAACAGAGGGGUGCGGUAUAUUUUGAAUGUGACUCGAGAAAUAGAUAACUUCUUCCCUGGCCUUUUUGAGUACCAUAAUAUUCGGGUGUACGAUGAAGAAGCAACAGAUCUUCUGGCUUACUGGAAUGAUACUUACAAAUUCAUCUCCAAGGCAAAGAAAAAUGGUUCCAAGUGCCUGGUGCACUGCAAGAUGGGGGUGAGCCGCUCAGCCUCCACAGUCAUUGCCUAUGCCAUGAAGGAGUACGGCUGGAACCUGGACAGGGCUUACGACUACGUGAAGGAGCGGCGCACGGUCACCAAGCCCAACCCCAGCUUUAUGAGGCAGCUGGAGGAAUACCAGGGGAUCCUGCUGGCAAGCAAGCAGCGGCACAACAAGCUGUGGCGUUCGCACUCUGACAGCGACCUCUCUGACCACCAUGAGCCCAUCUGCAAAUCAGGGCUGGAACUGAACAAGAAGGAGAUCACUACCUCGGCCGACCAGAUCUCCGAGGCCAAGAGCAACGACAACCAGCAGCCCAUGUCUCCCAUCUACCCUGCUGAGCUGGAGCGGGAGCAGCUCGCAGAGGAUGCAAAUGUGAUUGAGGAGAGCUGUGUGAAAGAGAGGAGGAUCCACCUGGAGUUCACAUGUAGAGACUUCCAUGUGGAGCAAAUGGAGGACAAGCUGAACCUGAACAACAUCAAUGGCUGUACGGCAGGGUGCUGUGUGGGUUCUGUCCCCCCCGAUAACUGCCAUGCUUCUGAGGCCUUAAUGCAACUCCAGCACCCCUUGGAAAUAACAGAAUUUCCUGAUUUGACUGUAGACGAUUUGGAAAAAGAUGCCCUUAAGCCUGAUAUGAACGUGCACUUGGUUCCCAUGGAAGAAUUCACUUUGUGCUUAAAAGACUCUCUCCAGUCCCCAAACCAAAACGCGCCAAGUCUGCAGCAGAGUGCCCAGCCUGAAGGGACGGACCUCAGUGCCGACAGGAUUGACUUCUUCAGUGCUUUGGAGAAAUUCGUGGAGCUCUCUCAGGAGAGCAGGUCACGCAGCUGCUCCCACUCCCGGCCGGAGGAGCAAGGUGCUGGGAGGAAUGGGGCAGCCAGGCUGCCUGUGCUGGAGGUGCUGCCUGCUGCAGACGUGGGUGCAGACGCCCAAAGGAACAGCUCUGGAAAUUCCCCUCAGGCAUCAGAUGACUCUUCCACAGAUGAAGAGCAACAAAAGGAGGUCCCUGAACUGCCUGGCGCCGAUCAUCUCACACGGUCCCACUCAGAAAAUGCCAUUUCGGUGAAGGAAAUCAUCACAGAGAUCGAGUCCAUCAAGCAGGGAGCAGGGCCUGCUCAGCAGAAGGAGGGUUCAGCCAACCUCACCCUGACACCAAAGAGGAACACGGUACACGACCUGCCUGUGGAGGUGAUCUGGGCGUCAGAAAGGGUGGAUCAGAGCGAAGGACAUCAGGAAAAGGAGAAAGACCCUCUACAAGCUGAGCAAGAAACUGUUCCCUCACCACAGCUCUCCUCCUGCAAGUCAGAGCUGGAGGAGGGUGAGCAGCACAGCGUCCACCCUGAGCCCAAGUGGUGCCCCGGCUCCGUCCGCAGAGCCACGUUGGAGUUUGAGGAGCGUUUGAGGCAGGAGCAAGAGCACCAGCACGUGUCCCCAGUCUGCAUCCUACUGACCCGCAAGAACUCCAGGAACGACUCUCCUGCUGCUGAGCUGCUGCCGCGGGGGAGGACGGAGGAGCUGCCCUUGGAGUUGGCUCCAGAUGAUGAUGCAGUGCAGGGCUCCGAGGAGCUGCUGUCACUGGGGGCAGAGCAGCCUGCAGGCAGGCAGCUGCCCACACCCCUCACGCACCCCACAGAGCCCAGCCCAGGGCAGGAGGAGCACAGGGUGGUGGUGUCUUUUGAUGGCACGGAGGAGCCGGCCCUGCCUUCCCUCCUUCCCAAAAGAAUCGAAAUCAUUGAGUUCACUCCUACGGUCAGGGCUGCCGAGAGCCCCGCUGCAGGCAAUGAGCAGCCCGCAGCCCUCCCUCUGCUGGAUGAAAACUUGAACCCUUCGCUGUGCUCCGAGAAGGCAGCAGCCUCUCUCAGAGCUCUGGUACACCCGCCACUGCCAGAGCACACGGUGCAGCAGCAGCAGCAGCAGGCUGCCUGCACCCUGCUCAGCCCCAGCGAGGAAGGCACUGCCUUGUCCUUUCCCCUCGGUGCUGCUUCCCCCUCUGCCCAGCCCUCCUGCAUGCCUUCAGCCAGCCCUGACCGCUCUGCGUUCCCCUGUGUGAUCCCCCUGGAAGGUGUCACUGAGCAGAGCACGAGCACGGACAAUGAGCCGACCGCGCCGUGCGGCACUGCGGGAGCUGUGAGUCUCCCAUUCAGAGACAGCAGCCAGGCUCCACGCCAGGGUGGUGCUGGCUCCUCAACCAGCCUGCACGCUGCAAACGUGGACCUUCUGGACAUCUCCUUCCUGUGCUGCAGCCUGCCCCACAGCUCCAGCAGUCACAGCGUGGGGGAGCGCAGCAGCAGCCCUGGGCUGGUCAAGCAGCGAGCGAAGGAAAUAGAGGCACGGAUCCGGCACGCAGGGCUCACCACCCCCUCCCAGAUGAAGAGAUCAGCAUCCUUGGCCAAACUGGACUGCCUGGACCUCUCCAAGGACGACUUAUCCGAGAGGGAGGCGGCCUCCCGCUGCACCAGCCCCAUCCUCCUCACCUGCAUGGGUGCGGGCUUUCACGGGGGGAGGUCAGAGCAGAGCUUGCAGAGCCCAUGUGAGAAAUGCCACCCGUUCUCCCCACCCACCCUCCAGGAUCCCAAACCUGCUCAGCAUUUUGUAGAGCAGCUCAGAACAGCCGAGUGCAUUGCUCAGAGCAGGCCGGUGGAGCGCCCGCUGGCUCAGUACGCCAAAGAGUGCGGCUCCAGCCAGCACAGCUCGGCUCCCAGCGCCGGUCCCACAUGGACUGCCCCCCAGGAGGGACCCUCUGUGUUGGCAACACCCCGACAGCAGCACGGUAGAACUCACCCGUUGAGGAGACUUAAAAAGAGCAAUGACAGAAAGCGGACAACCAAUCCCCUCUAUAACACCAUGUGAUUGUGAGAGCUCCGUGGUUCCAUCCGGGGAGCUGCGCCGUGGUCACACAAAGGGGCAGGUGUAAUAUAAGGAACAUGCACUUUAUUGGUUAAUUUUAUAUAUAUAUAUAUAUAUAUAUAUAUAGUCAUUUUACCGUUCCUGGCGCAUGUAGGUGUGUGGGUUGGUUCUUCUGUGUGUGACUCUGACUGCAGGACUGUUGGUUGGUUUUUGUUUUGUUUUGUUUUGUUUUUAAAUGAUUUUUUUUUAUGAACUCGGAUAACCUCAGAUGUUCUUUUUGUUGUUGGUUUGUUUUAAAAGAACACCUCUCCCCUGUUGAAAACGGAUGCUGGCUCACUGCAGCGGGGCAGAGGUUUGCUCAAAACCAGCUCCUAGAUCCUCACUUGAAUCAGCCCCGUGCCUCGAGAUGGUGCUGGGCACUGGGGCGAGAGCCCACGCAACUGUGAAGGCUGUGCCAAGUCCCCUUUGUUCACUUUGUGCUGCAGGCUGGAGCUGGAUGGUGCUGGCAGGUCCCUGAUGGAGCUCAGUUCUGCCUGUGUGCUCCAACAGGAGCACAGGGGUGGGUUUGGGGACCCUCAGCUCUGCCCUCACCUCUUCCUCCAGCUGAGAGCCCACGACCCAGAGUGUUCUUCUAAAACAAACACCUCAGUAGGGCAUGAGCCCUCCCGUUACUUGAAUUCUGCUGUGGGCCUUCCACGUUCAUGGCCAUAUCGUGUCCUCUGCCCUCUGCUGCCUCCCUGCACCCCGGAGCUGCCCUGCAUCCCCUCUGCAUCCCACAGCCCGUUGUAGUUGUUACACGUUUUGUUCCCACACUGAAUGCAAAGCUUUGUCUUCUGCUGCCACUCCUGUACUCAGCCUGGAGGGAGGAUCUUUCCUGGAAGAUUUGGUUUUUUGCUAAAUUGUAUAUAUGGUAUUUAUAUAGAUAUUUUUUUGUUUCUAUGUUGGUUAUUACUUUGUUUUUUUUUUUUUAAGGGCAAGACUGCAUUCUGUAAACUGGAAAACACCACCACUUUCCUCACCCUCAGUGCUGUCCAUGGCAAUCUGCACCCAAACGCAGUGGCUUUGGCCAAAUGUCUCCUCCAGCCCUGUGUUCUCUUCUGCAGCUCCUGGCCUCUCCCAGACCCACGUGGUUGCUCCCAGUUUCAGGCCUGCUCUGCACUGCCUGGUGCCUGGCCCUGCCAGGAGCUGCAGAACGGCUCCUGCUGCUGAAAGUGCAGUGCCCA